AUGGACAUGUUCUCCGACAUGACCGACGCUCUAAUAAUCACCGUCAUCUCCUUCUUGCCCUUUAAAGAAGCCGCAAGAAUGAGUGUACUAUCCCGGCGGUGGCAUUGUCUAUGGCGUUUGACGGCGAACAUUGAGUUCGACGAGCGGUUUUUUGUUAAAGACAAUGUACCUGUUGAAUCUCAACGUCUUCAAAGACAAGAUUUCAUCAACUUUGUUCGGUGCUGGCUAAAUGAAUACACCUCCAAACUCGUCCUGCGAAGGUUCAAGCUCCGUAUAUCAAAGCCUCGUGAGUUCGAAGCCGACGUGCAAAAGUGCAUUUCAUUUGCCGUUUCCCGUAAUGUUGGAGCGCUUGAACUGGACUUCUCUGAUCCGACGUGGGAUGAGAAUGAUAUGGAGAAUCACGAGCCGGAGUUUGAUCUCCCCAUGCAAGUUUAUGAAAAUGUCACGCUGGGUCUUGAGUCGUUGACGCUGUUUGCAUGCAGUUUCAACCCGGCCUGGUUGAUGAAUCUGAAAUUGCUUAAGCACAUUUCGUUUGGUUGGACUGCAGUGAGAAUGUCUACCCUGAAUGAUCUGUUGCGGAACUGUUCGUUCUUGGAGAGUUUGAGGCUGCAAAAAUGUUGGAACCUCGAGCAUCUGAGCAUUUUUGAGAGGGAUUUGGCGCUGAAGACAUUGGUGGUUGACAAUUGCAAUUUCUAUCACGAGUGGUUUGGGAUUGAGGCACCGAACUUGAGGUUUUUCAAGUAUUCAGGGUCUGUAGGGAUUUUUGAGUUAAUUUUCACAAGGCAUUUGGAAGAGGCUGAACUUGACUUUGGAUCCGAGUCGGAAUUCGAUGAAUCCGGUGGCGAUCUUCUUCAAAGACUUCUAUCAUCCUUGGACUGCGCUAGGGUUUUGAGAGUUUGUAGUUUCAUGCUUCAGGUUGUUCCAACUGGGGUGGAGCCCUUGAAAAUGCAAUUGCCUCUUAAUGUGCGGCAUCUUAUUUUGAACACUGCUGUACAUCGGGAUGAGUUUUGGGGGAUUGCUUUCUUCCUCAAGAGUUGUCCUUUUCUCGAAACGCUAACUCUCCAAAUCAGCCCUCCAAGAAUUUUCCCUGAUUAUCAACCACCGUUCAAGUUCAAUCCGAGCAGAUUUUGGUGUGGUGAUAUAGAUAGGCUUUACAAGUGCGUCAUCCGGACGUUGAAGGUGGUGGAGGUGAAGGGUUUUCGAGGGACUGUCAAUGAAAAUAAUCUGUUGAGGUAUUUGCUAUAUUAUGGGCGUGCUAUGCAAGAACUCCAACUGUAUCUCUCCAAUGAAGUUGAUGGUCAUGGUGGUGAUCGUUCGAUUUACUUACAAAGGGCUGUGUUUGUGAUGGGCUUCCCCAGAGCGUCACGAAAUGUUCAUGUAAUGAUCAUUUAGGGUGAAUUAGGCCUUUGUAUGUGGCGACUGAUCAAUAAGACUAGUAGACUAUUAUGUGUUUCCAUGCGGGUUUGUUGUGUUUUAUUUGUUUGAUUUUGCUUUUAUUUUGUUUGUAUCUUCGGAGACA